AUGGCCCUUGACAAGGUGAAAGACCAGAUGAAUGUAGUUAUGCAUUCCGUUCUCAAGAGUUAUGUUUGCCUUUUAAAACAGUUAAAAGAACAAGCAUUCAUCCAGAUAAUAUUUUUUACUCUAUGUUAUUCGCAGCGAUGCUCCCAGGAGGAGUCAGUGACCUUCAAAGAUGUAGCUGUGGUCUUUAGCCAAAAAGAGUGGUCCCUGCUGGACACACCUCAGAGAAACCUGUUCAGAGAUGUGAUGAUUGAGAACAUCGAUUCCCUGGUCUUUGUGGGGAAUCAUCUUUGUAAAUCAGAUGUGAUUUCCCAACUGGAGCAAGGAGAAGAACUGUGGAAAGGAGUAAGAUUUCUCCAAGGUGAGAGUCCAGUUAUUUCAAUCAGAGAAAGUGGAUUUAGAAAUCAAGAAAUGAUAUCCUGCAAAAAGGACACGUCCACUCUGUGGAUGCAGAAAGCUCUCAGUGAAGAGAACCCCUUGGAAUGUAAUGAUGUGGAAGAUUUUACUGACAGUGUCACAUCGACUCAACCUGAAUUAACUCACACGGGAAAGAAACAAGAUGUCAGCAAAGAAUUUGGAAAAUCCGGUAAGAACCAGUCAUUCUUUAAUCCACAUAAGCAAAUUCACACUAGAAGUAAACCAUAUGAAUGUCAUCUGUGUGGGAAAGCCUUUAUACAAAGCUCUGACCUAAUACAGCAUAUUAGAACUCACACAGGAGAGAAACCAUAUGAUUGCCACAUGUGUGGGAAAACCUUCAGUACAAGAUCUAACCUUAAAAAACAUGAAAGAAUCCACACUGGAGAGAAACCAUAUGCUUGUCAACUGUGUGGAAAAGCCUUUAGUCAGUGUUACGAACUUAGAAGUCAUGAGAAUCACACUGGAAAAAAACCAUAUGAAUGCAAUGUAUGUGGGAAAGCCUUUAUUCAGAGGUCUUGCCUUACACAACACAAUAGAACUCACACUGGAUAGAAACCAUAUGAUUGUUAUAUAUGUGGAAAAACCUUCAGUACAAGAUCUAAUCUUAGAAAACAUGAGAGAAUUCACACUGGGGAGAAGCCAUAUGUUUGUCAACUAUGUGGGAAAGCCUUUAGUCAGAGUUACGAACUUAGAAGUCAUGAGAAAACACACACUGGGUAGAAAGCAUAUGAAUGCCAUAUAUGUGGCAAAGUCUUUAUUCAAAAGUCUUGCCUUACACAACACAAUAGAACUCACACUAGAGAGAAACAAUAUGGAUGUCAGCUCUGUGGGAAAGCCUUGAUUCAGUGUUCUGAACUUAGAGAUCAUGAGAAAACUCACAUUGGAGAGAAACCAUUUCCGUGUAAUGUAUGUGGUAAAACCUUCAGUAGAAGUUCUAACCUGAGACUUCGUGAGAGAAUUCACACUGGAGAAAAACCAUACGAAUGCCAUGCAUGUGGUAAAGCUUUUACGAGGAGUUCUAACAUGAAACUGCAUGAGAGAAACCACGUUGGAGAGAAUCCAUAUGUAUGCCAUGUGUAUGGGAAAGCCUUCAUUUAUUGUUUUGUCUUGAGACAACAUGUAAUAAUUGUGAAAGAGAUUUCUGUCUUGGUUGCAACAUUUAAGCACCCAGAGGAGUCUCACACAUUGAAGGAACAGAAUCACACAUUGAAGAACACUAUUGUGUAA